UUUUCGUUUCGUUUAUUUUCAGGUUUCCUACGAAAAACUCCGACGAAUGUCAUCGCCGCCGACGACCUCCGACUUCGCCGUGCUCCGGCCAUGGGGGCAAUUUGUAGACUUAUCGGCGAUCAGCGUCCCUAUCUCUCUUUCCGAAUCUUCCUACCGUAUCAGCCAAAACCUUCGCUUCUUCCUCGCUAACUACGCCGUCCUCGCGCUUCUCGUCUUCCUCGUAACCCUAUUUUCUCGACCUCUCUCCUUAAUCUUCUUCCUCUGCAUUUUCGCCGCGUGGUUCUACUUGAUUUUCUGGCGCGAGGAGCCAUUAACCGUCCUCGAUUACGGCGUCAAUCAGAAUAUUGUUCUCGGAUUACUCGUUGUGAUGACGUUGGUAGCGUUGUUCUGGACCGGACUGUGGUCGAAUUUCUUUGUUGCGUUGAUUUUCGGAGCUUUGCUCGUAGUUGUCCACGGCGUUUUGAGGGCGCCGGAGGAAUCGAUGGAGGAUUCGCCGUAUGGAUCGUUGCUUAGUGUUGUGGAUAGUCCGAGGGGAGACUACACUAGCGUAUGAAAAUUAGGGUUUCUUUUCGGGGGUAAGCUUUCUGAUUAAUUGGGAUUUUUUUUUAGCCCUAAUUUACUCAUUUAUUAUUGCUCUUGUCAUUGAUUUUUGCACGCCAUGGAUUUGCUGUCACUACGCAAUUCAUUUGAUUCUUUGUUUCCUGCCCUGCAAUUAGCUGCAAGGGGAUAAGCUUUUGUAUGAACUGUGUAUUGAUUGUUAGUGAUGAUCAGAUUAGCAUUGGAAUUAUGUGUAAAUAGCUUUCUUCUUUGCAUCAUUUCCUGCAUUAGCUUCAAGAUACAGUUUAUUUGUUCACAUUAUAUGACUUUGUAUGAACUGUGCUUAUCUGUUCAUCCCUGAUUUUGGUGAAGAUGAAGAACUUUGAACAAAUAGGAGACACAGUAACUGUUGCUAGAAUUGUGUUGGUUCUUGUAAUAUAUAGAUGGAUCUCAACGCUUCAUUCGUAAUAUUUAAGGUAUCAGGAUUUGCUACAUGUA